CCCUUUCUCUUAUAUAGUCUUUCCAGCCAGCUGACUCCCACUUAUCUGCACACACAUAUAAAGGUUAAGAGGGGUCAGACACCAUCCAGACACCUUUAGUCCUCCUUUCCCCUCCUCCCUCACCCCCAAGUCUCCCCCCCUACUGUCCUCCUCCACCUCCUGUUGACCAUGGCAUCAGAAGCAGUUAAAACAUUCCAGCGGUUUGCCGUUUUCGGAGACUCGUCAAGCAGUGGCAAUGAAAUGAACAACAAGAACUUCUCCAAGUUGUGCAAAGACUGUGGCAUCAUGGAUGGCAAGAUGGUCACCUCCACUGAUGUGGACAUUGUAUUCAGCAAAGUCAAGGCCAAAAAUGCGCGGACCAUCACAUUUCAGCAGUUCCAGGAGGCAAUGAAGGAACUGGGCCAGAAGCGGUUUAAGGGGAAAAACCCAGAUGAAGCCCUGGAGGAAAUUUACAAACUCAUGGAGGGCAAGGACCCAGCUACCAGUGGUGUCACUAAAGCCACCACCGUGGGCGGAGUAAGACGGCUGACAGACACCAGCAAGUACACCGGCACCCACAAGGAGCGCUUUGAUGAGAGUGGCAAGGGCAAAGGCCUGGCUGGACGGGAAGAUGUGACUGACAAGUCAGGCUAUGUGAGUGGCUACAAGGGUGCUGGCACCUAUGAUAAGAAGACUGACAAGUAAGGAGUAGUCUCAUCUUAGCCUCUCAAGCGUGAUCCUUGUCUUUAACAUCAGAGAGCUUGGGGGACAAUAAACAUCUGUGUGUGGAGCAGCUAAUGGGCUCUGACUUCUACAG